UUCAGGAAAAGGGAGAAGACACAGAGAGGACAACAUGGAACCACGUCAACUUUUUCUGCUGCUCCUCAUAAGUGCUGAAAUCAACUUUGGAUCUACACAAGGGGGACCUUCACUGAGUUCAAGCAGAGUGGCACCAGUAUUCACUGGAAACUCAGUUACCCUGAAAUGUGACAUGGACCAGUCUACUGGAUGGAGAUUCUACUGGUACAGAGACACACAGACCUCUUAUCCUGUAGCCCAGACUGAUGGAAACUCCUACAGCAUCAGCUCUGUUAAGGUCUCUGAUGGAGGACAGUACUGGUGCAGAGCAAGAUAUCUACGCGACUACACACAGUACAGCAAUGCAGUGUGGGUGAACAUCACAGGUCUGUCUCCUCCAUCUACUCUGAUUGUCAGUCCCAAUAGAAAUCAACAUUUUGAUUACAGUUCUCUCUCCCUGAGCUGUGAGGGGAGUGGGAAUGGAUGGAAUCUGAGAUCGUUCUCAGAUCAAACGCUGCGUGAGCUGUGUCCCACUGACUGGAGAUCAGAAAAAGGAUCCAGCUGCAGCAUCAACUCAGCAUCUCCAUCAGACAGUGGAGUGUACUGGUGUCAGUCUGAGUCUGGAGAGCAGAGUAAUCCUGUCAACAUCACAGUGCACAAUGGCAAUGUGAUCCUGGAGAGUCCUGUCCAUCCUGUGACUGAGGGAGAUCCUCUGUCUCUGCGCUGUAGAUAUCGCUACCAGCCAUCAAACAUCAGUGCUGACUUCUAUAAAGAUGGGACACUCCUGCAGACCUCCACCACAGGAGAGAUGACCAUCCCUGCAGUCUCAAAGUCACAUGAAGGCCUCUAUAAAUGCAGCAACCCAGAGAGAGGAGAGUCACCAGAGAGCUGGAUUCACAUAAAGGCAGGACCGGUUACAGACACAUCAAUGCAUGGUCAACAACUCCAGAACGCCUCUCAGAGUCCUGACAGGAGUCAGCCUGCAGAAAGCAAUGGAGCCCAGUCAAAAUAUAUGACAAUGGGUAGAGUUGUAGAUACUACACAUACCUAUGCAAACAUCAACCUAGAGAGUGUACCUCAGCAAUCAAAUGACAAACACAUAUAUGAAGUUAUGGCUCCUCAGCAGAAGCCCAGAGAAAUGAAGUCUGACUGACUGUGUGGAGAUCAUCAAACUAAAUGUGCUGUUGUAGCCUUUUGUUAAGUCGUCUUAGUAUGCUAAUAUAGCACUUAUGAAUGUGUCAAUUAUGUUCAGUUUACUAAAUUAAUAUUGGAACAUGCUAUUAAUGUUUUUAUAAUGUUUUUGGCACAAGGCAAAACCAUGU